CUGCCUCAUUAGCAUGCCUGACCUGGAUUCAGAGCAAUUAAUUAGGGCACAAUCAAUUAACGCCCCUGCCCUGCCUGGGUCCAGCACCACUGGUGCCCCACGUGCCCUUGCAGGGGUGUAGGGUGUCCCUGGAAUGCUAGAACCCGGGAUGUGCCUGGAUAAAACCUUCCCCCAUCCUGUUCCUAGGGGUAAUCACAGGGUUUUAGGAGAUGCCAUCAACUCCUCUGCAACCCUGGGGGGCUCAGAAACUCCCAAAUCUCCCUCGCCACUGGAUAUGUUCACUACCUCCCUUUCCCAGAGCUGUGGAUAUCCUGGGAUUUGGUGGGGGAUGAACCCCACAAAUUUCUCACCCCUUUCCUCUCAUGCUCUGCGAGACCUGGGGAGGCAACGGAGUCUUCAAACGGGCCCAAAGGUGACGUCAAAAAACCACAGAGGGAGGAAAAACAGCCGGUUCCUGUCCGGGCCCCCUCCCUCGCCUGCUCUGGGCUGGGCAGCGGAGGCGGCGGAGCCUCCGGAGCCUCCCGUGCCCCCAUCCCACCAACGGAGCCCAUGGCAACCCGGCUGCCCAUCCUGUGCCUCCUGCUGGGAAUGUGGGCCAUCCCUGACCAUGGAGGAGCCACCUGGAUCCCUGGAGGUGAGAAUUUGGGGAGCAGCCCUCUGGGAAUGCCGCCACAGCUCCAUGAGCAUGAAUCCGUCCUGAGACUCACCAGAGGCGGCUGCCGCUGCACUGGGAUACUGGAGGUGAACUGGGAAAACCAAUGGAGACAAAUUUGCUGGGAGAGCGUGAGCGUGGAUGACCUGGAUUGGAUCUGCCAGCGGCUAAAGUGUGGCCCCCUGACCUCUGAGCCCUUGGAGCUCAAGAUUCCCGGUGGGAAAGGGCCACACAGACAGGCCAUGAGGUGCAGGAGGCCACCGAACCCACCGGAAUGCAACUGGGAGCUGGAAAACUGUACGGAACACGUCAUUGUCGCCUGCAGAGAGCCAGUGAAAACCACUCCGGAGCCCCCACCGGCACCCCCCGCCACCACCCCAGAGCCCGUGGGACCCCCCAGGCUGCGGCUGGUGGACGGGAAUUUCAGCUGUUCCGGCUUCCUGGAGCUGCACAAGCAGGGGCUGUGGGGGGCUGUAGCGAGCAUCCCGCGCAACCGGUCACACCUGGUCACCCUCAUCUGCCGGGAAUUGCGCUGUGGCGCUGCUGGGAGCAGCCACGGCGAGCCGGAUCCAGGGAUCCACCUGCCGGUGCGGUGGGAGGCGGUGCAUUCCUGUGGGAGCCGUUCCCUGCUGGACUGCUUCAACAGGACCAGCUCCCGGGGCAAAACACCCGCCUUCAUCACCUGCUCAGAUUCCCAGCCGCGGGCCCUGCGGAGGCUGGCAGCCGGCCCCACUCCGUGCCAAGGGGACAUCCAGGUGUUCCACGCAGGCCAGUGGUGGGAUCUGUGUGACUCUGGAGCAGCGCAGCGAGACGAGCGUGGCCGGCAGAUCUGCCGAGAGCUGGGCUGUGGGAAUCUCACUUCCAGCAUGGAAAUCCGGGAGCUUCCCUCGGUGGGAGUCACAUGUGGGGUCGGUCCCCUGCACCUCUGCCAGCCCAAGUUUGGGAACACCCGGAGCUGCUCCCGGACCAGAGUCACGUGCCAGGACUCAAAACCACUUCCCACUGGAACAUCCGCUGGAACCGUCGUGAGCAUCUGCCUGGCCCUGCUGCUUUUCCUCAUCCUGUUCCUGAUCUGUGGCCCUCCUGCCUAUCGGAAGCUGAUGAAGAGAAUCUCCAAGAAGAAGCAGCGCCAAUGGAUCGGCCCCACAGGACUCAACCAGACGGUGUCUUUCCACCGCUCCAGCACCGCACCGAGGCUUCGGGGACAGGGAGGGGACAACGACUACGCUCAGCCCCCCCAAAAGAGCUCCCAGCUCUCUGCUUACCCAGCUCUGGAAGCAGCGUGCCAGCGCUCCAACCCUCCGGAUAACUCCUCGGACAGUGACUACGACCUGCACUCCGCCCGCAGGGUGUGAUUUCCUUCCUCCCAAAGGAGCUGAUCCCACCUCCCACCUCAGCUUUGGGGGCAUCCCGGCAUUCCAGGGCCCUUCCAGGAGUACUUCCCAGCCUCCUCAAGGAAGAAAAGGAAGCUUUUGGGGAUUUCUUAAAGCUAUUUACAGGAAUCUAAGAGGUAGGGAGGGUACAAGGAGCCCUUUGGAUUAGUGGGAUCACCAGCUUCUCCAAACCAGAGGAUAAAGAGUUGGGAUGAUGGAUAAAGGAUAGGGAUGUAAGGGUGGGAAUACCGGGAAGAAGUUUGAGAUAUUUAAUAACCAACAACUGUAAUAAAAUGGGGGUUUUGUACUAA